GCUAAAUGCGGCAGGAACUACAGCCCUGGCUCUCAGCGAUCAAAGCUUGAAGUGGAGCUGGAAUCCACAUCGCAUCAGCUCGGAUUCACCAAACUCUGGCAACUGUUCCACUCCAGCUCCACGCUCCAGCAGGCUCCCACUACACCAGUAUGAGGAUUGACCCUUCCCCGAGCGUGGUGUGACUCUCCGACUGGGAGAUUAACAGGAUGCCCCGAUCCUUCCUCGUGAGGUGUAAGCGCGUCAGUAGUUAUCAGGAGCAGCUCUAUAGCGAUGGAGAGAGUGUCCCAGGACGAUGUGGAACAGCGCAUAGUGCAGGGCGAGCUGACAAACAGAAGCCUGUGCCCCAAGGAACGUCAGAAUCCUUGAUCAAAUGUCUGGAUCCCGCCCGGAUUGUCAAUCCCAUUGAGAAGGACAGCCUGGGGCAAGGGUCAGAGUUUGGCUGUUGGAGGACACCUCAGAUAAACAAUGGAUCAAUCAAUGGGCGAGAGAUCUUCACAAAUCCUCAUGGUCCAGAGACAGGGAAGUGCGAGAGCCCAGUGCAGAACAUCUGGGCAUCUGUCUCUUCAUCUGACAACUUGCUUCUCUCUUCGGAGUCACCUCGCAGUCUGGGAUUACAAUUCCAACCCUACUCCUGGAGUCCUUACGCGACAGUUGGACUGAAACAUCGGGUGGAGGAAUAUCUGUCACCGAUGUUAGACCCCAGGAGCACACUUCAGCAUCAGAACACAGCAGGAAACAUGAAGGAUACCAGUGCUGUCAGCUACACCCAGAGGGACAUGCAGCAAACUCCCUACAGCUGCAACAAAUGUGACAAGGUAUUUUCCACCUCUCACGGCCUGGAGGUCCACGUGCGAAGGUCACACAGCGGCAGCCAGCUCUUCGCCUGUGAGGUGUGUGGCAAAGCCUUUGGGCACGCUGUAAGUCUGGAACAACACCAGGCCACACACUCCCAGGUCAAGGAGAGGAAUUUCACCUGCAAGAUCUGUGGGAAAAAUUUUAAACGUUCAUCCACGCUGUCCACCCACCUGUUGAUCCACUCGGACACCCGGCCGUAUCCCUGUCAGUACUGCGGCAAGUGUUUCCACCAGAAAUCAGACAUGAAAAAACACACCUUCAUUCAUACAGGUGAGAAGCCUCACAAGUGUCAGGUUUGUGGGAAAGCUUUCAGCCAGAGUUCCAAUCUGAUUACUCACAGCCGCAAGCACACCGGCUUCAAACCCUUCAUCUGCUCGGCCUGUGGGAAAGGCUUUCAGCGGAAGGUGGAUCUGCGAAGGCACCAGGAGACACACACGGGACUGGAUCCAGUGGCUGUGUGACACCCAGCCCAUGAGGAACACUCAGACCCUGUCCAGGGAUCUCUGUAUCCUCCAGCCCGGGGAGACUGGGGAGACUGGCUAUCGGGUGGUGUCAGUGUCGAGAUGUGUUUCCGUGUGCUCCUCCUCCUCCUCCUGGGAAUCCCAGGGAAGAUUGGAACUGUUACAGCACGGAAGGAGGCCACUCGCUCCAUCAGGUCAAGCUGCUGCCUUUACCCCAGAUCUCCGCACACCUCUGUACCCCAGCAGCCUGACCUCAGGGUCAAGAUGUUGGCGUCAAUCCAGGACUGGAGUCACAAUUAGACCGACUGCAAAAUGUAGAGCAGUCUGUUAUUUUCCGAAUAUCGUUGCUUUUGGGACUGUGGGCUCUCUCUCUGCACCUUUCCUGAGCUGCCUGCAAAGUGAUUGACCUGUUUUGAGAAAGUGUAUGGAGUUGGAACCAAGUGUAAAAGCACAAACACUGACAGAUCUGAAAGUGACCGAGAGAUAUUGCAACGGCCAGCUCCUGAACAAAAGGCUGGACCCUCCCAUGAAGGGGAACCUCUCCACCAUCAGAGACACCGGGACAAUCCGGGAGGGAAUAACCCAAACUGCAUUUCAAUCUGUGUCACAGCGAAUUAAUGAAUAAAUGACCCAGGCCAGUAC